AUGAAGGUCUUCGCCGCCGUCGCCGUCCUCCUGCUGGUCGCCCUGGCCACGGCCGAACCGCCGGCCCCACGGAACGGGUUCUCCGCCCCGUCGAGCAACUACCUGCCCCCGAACCAGUCGUUCAACAAUGGGAAUAACGGUUACAACUAUAACGCAAACGACAAUGGUUACAACUACCCCUCGGGCUCCAACGGCAACGGAGGAGGCAACUACCCGGCGGCCGCCCCGCCGCAGCAGCAGUACGGACCGCCGUCCGGAAACGGGGGCAACGGUGGAGGGUACAACUACGAGGACGCUAACGCUCAACCGGCCAAGUACUCGUUCGAGUACAACGUGCAGGACUUUGCCUCCGGCAACGACUUCGGCCACAUGGAGUCCCGCGACGGAGACCGAACGGUGGGACGCUACUACGUUCUGCUUCCCGACGGUCGCAAGCAAGUUGUGAACUAUGAAGCCGACCAGAACGGAUACCGUCCGACGAUCACGUACGAGGACGUCGGCACUGGCAACGGUGCUAACGGUGGCAACAACGGUGGUGGCUACCCCGGAAACGGCCAGUUCAACGGAUACCAGUAG